CUCCUACACUAUUAUCCUGUCAAUCAUCAAAAACAAAAUUUAGUAAUCAAGGUCCAAAUACCUGCUUUUCCCCUCUUCAUUUUCCUUACGAUUCCUGUCGUUAUUUCACGGACGACUAGAUAUAGGUGGUCUAGGGUUAGGGCUUUCUAAUCUUUGGGCUCUGGCGAAAUGGGGAGAGGUAAGGUCCAGUUGAAGCGAAUCGAAGACAAGAACAGCCGUCAGGUCUCCUUCUCCAAGCGACGCAGCGGCCUCAUGAAGAAAGCCAGCGAGCUCUCCGUCCUCUGUGACGUCGAUAUCGGCCUCUUCAUCUUCUCCGGCCGCGGCCGCCUCUACGAGUUCUGCAGCGGCGACAGUUUGAGAAAAAUCCUCGAUCAUUAUCAGACUCACAAAGAUGCAGAAGUUGCUGGCGGGAGUGUUCAAGAAUCCCAGAAGCUUCCCGUGGAACACAUGAAUACUAGGAAAGGCACUGACCUACUCCAAAUGCUCCAAAGAUAUUUUGAAGAGCAAAAGGUUGAUCAGCUAGAUGUGACUGAGCUCAGUCAAUUGGAGCACCAACUAGAUGCCAUACAACGGCAACUAGAUGCCAUAUUACUGCAAACCAGAGUCAGAAAGUCACAGCUAAUGAUGGAAGCAGUAGCAGCUCUGCACGGACAGAGGAAAAACCCCGGGGAAGAGAAUCAAUUUGCGGAAAAUUUUACGGAAAAAGAGGACAUGUUUCUCCAUGGUCAUCAGAUGGACGAGAUGGUGAAUGAUGGCGGCGCGUACGACGGCGGGCAGCGCCCCCAGCAGGCGGCGGAGGAGGGGGAGGAGGAGGAGCCGGCUGUCGGGACGGAGAUCUACACCUGGGAUAACACAAACCACUGCAUCAGUACUAUGAUGACCACGCCUGGUGGCCCUGGUCCUCGUCUCUAA